CUCUGACCGCCCGAGUCAUGUAAUAAAGUGAUGUACUGCCUUCUGUUAAAGAAAAUAAACUACUAACAACAAUAGAUAACUUACACCUGACUUACAAAGGCUGUAUGGGUGUACCAAAGCAAUAACAAUUUACAUUAAAAGGGGUAAGUCUCUGAAGAAACUGUGGUGCAGUGCUGAGUAUAACAAGGAAAUUUUGGUUUUAUCAGCUGAGUUCACAAAUGUAAACUGGCCACUGUAAAGAGUUUAAAGUCAAAGUUUUGAGUGUUGGCCCUUGGCCAGAGCGAAUGACCAAAAUAACAAUUUACAAUAUCUUAUCAUGAAUCAUAAUUGUAUCAAUUGUUAGUCUGAAUUUGCAAAAAAAAAUGAGUGAAAUUAAAAUAUGAAAAACAGAAAUAAGUUGUUGAAAGCAAGGUGGCUCUGUUAACAAUGUUUAUACAUGAAUUCAAAAAAACAAAAAUUAUUCCAUAAUCAAAUUCCAUUAAUUUGAACUAACACUAUGAAAACUGUGUACCAAAAUUUUAAUGAUUAUCUAAAAGUGUAUGAAAGCUAACAUUCAGAUAGCAACUAUUCCAUGGCUGUAUUGUCAAAUGUGUUUUUCAUUUCUUGAGCUUUUGGAGGCAACUGAAAUCAUUUGCAAUCAUACACUGUAGAACAGAACUGUUGUUGCACAAUGCACUCAUCUCACUGCAAAUUCUAUAACUUUUUUGAAAUGAUAUAGUAUUUGAACAUCUAUCCAUUAGACACCACUGACUUUCAUGAAACUCAAUUGUGCUGCAAAGCAGACCAAACAGAAAAAGUACUAGUAUUGGGUAACCUACAAAAUUCUAAAAAUCUAGCCUACAAAAAAGUAACGGUAUAGGAUUGCUUAUGUCCCUGAUGCAACCCAGUUUCAUCAAGGAUUUUAUUUUGCCAUUUGCCACUAGCUUUCUAAACUAGUUGAUUGUGCUUUAACAUUUUCCCUUAUGAAAACUGAGGUUUCAGAGUCUGUCAACAACAUAAAAAAUCACCUGAUCAACAGGUGGCCAACUAUCACCUGUUCUCUUGUCAGUUUUAUUUUGGUACCAGCCAAUUAAACAUUCCAUCUACACAAAAAAUAUAUCAAUGUAAACUUCACUUUCCUUCACAUUCAAAGCUUAUUUGCCUUAAAUUUAAAGAUAACUGAAUGCAAAGACAGCUCUGAUAAUUUUAGAAACUUACUUUUGCUUCUUAGAAAGCAUAAAAUUUAAACUUUCCUCUCCGAAAAAACUACCACACCCAAACUCCACCCAAGAUGUCAAGCCAUUAGGCAGAUAUGUAAACAGUAAAACUUGGUUUAACCAAGAAAUGAAGUAAACAAUGGGCAGGGCAGGGCCCUGAAUGCUAUACCACCCCUAUAAAAAGCCAGGGUGCUUAUACAACAAGACACUUAGAAUGUACGUUUGACUCUGUGGUGAGAAAGGCUGUGGACGGGGUAGCUUCAAAAUACAGUUUAAAAAGAUUCCUGAUUUUGGAUUCUUGAAUUUCUUGAACUGGUUAUGGCUGCAGCUCCCAGCUUUCCAACUUACAAAUGGUGGGAAACAGAUGACAAGACCAAAAGGCUUUACACAGAGCUACUUGCAGAAAAGCUGUCAAGCCCACGCAAAUCAGGUUCCACUAAUCUUAGUAGAAAGCCCUCCAAUGGGAAAGAUACAAAGUCACAGUUAACAUCAUCUCCUAAACACGAUAUCCCCAAAGUAAAUUUUAGCUGUGGUGAGAGAAAUUCCAGAAAAAGUAAGGAAGAAAAAGGUGAAAGAGAAGACAAGAGUGGAAAGUACACUUUUGAGACCAUCACCAUAGACACACUUGCAAAGUAUGAGUACAUCAAAAGUCCAAGAAAGCGAGCUGCUAGCACUGUACCUGUGAGUUUCUUUGAGUCAACUGAGAAGCCAGACAGCAAAGAAGUCAUAAAAGCUGCUACAAGUGGUUACAAGGAUAACAAAGAAGUUAUCGAAAAACUGUUGCCGACAUCUAAAGAAUCCAAGGAAGAUAAACCUACUCAAUUCUCAAAUGGACAAUUUCUUAUUUCACAGAAGUUUGCAUCCACAAAAAAUGAAUUGCAAGGACUGAAGAAUGAAAGUGACGAGAAGGAUGCCUCCAAAAAUGGACCUCUAAUGAAGAAGGAUAAACCUUCACAGGCAAAACUAGUGGAAAUCCCUGAAUACACCUCCUCUGAAUCUAGUGAGAGCUCAGCAGAUGAAACAGUGCUUUUAGGAGCAAGUAAUGCAAAGAAAACAGUGACACCUCUGAAGUCCAAAGAACCACAAGACAACAAGAAAACUGGUGAAGUAGACAAACCUUUGAAGAUUGAGGAGCUCAGCACAAAGUUUCAGUUUUUAAGUGAGGAAGUUGCUCAACUAGAGUUUAAAAUGUUUGAGUUCUCUGAUGAUAUCAAGAAGUUGAAACAAGCAAUGGGAUUCAAAGAUACCAAACCUGAAAAUUAUGAAAAGGAAAAAACCAGCACCAAACAGCCAACUGUUGUAAAGACAAAUGAGUUUGGAAUAACACGCUCAAAAAGUUUCACACAUGCUGAUAAGUUCAACAGCAAGGCCCUGUUAAUGAAACAGAAUGCUUCACCAAGCAAGAUGCUGGCAGCCAAAACAGGAGGGCUUCUUUCAGAAAAAUUACCAUUGGAGGGUACAAGCAAAGAAGAUGCCAUGGCUGAGUUGAAGAAGAAUGGAGCCUUGACUGAAAUCAUCAACAAAAUAAAGGAGCAAGAAUUCAGUGAAGAUGAAAUUCAGGAAAUAUUGAGAUGUGCAAAAGACAAAUAUGUGAAUAAGCCACAGUGGAAGAACUGAAGAAAAAGGCAAGAAUAAGGCUACACUUACAAGAAAAAAUUGGCAAUGCCCUUUUUAAUAAUAAUAAUAAUAAUAAUAAUAAU